UUAUUCAAGCCUUGGUCUUUGGCUUUCCGCUGGAGACCAUAAUUAAAAAAAAAAAUUCAACUUCUUAACUCAAUUAUAGUGUAGGAAAAAUGUGUUUUUGUCAAGUUAUCACAUGGCAAUGUUUGUUUUUCUUGAUGCUGAGAGGGUUUGGUUUUGUUUAAAAUAAUUGGGUAAAAUUUUGCAUAAUAAAAUGGGGUUUUACGAAUUUUUAACAUCAAUGUCUUUCUUUUGUAUAGUUGUUCAUGCAGUUUAUUGUCUGGAAAAAGAUAUGACCAUAAGUAUACAACCAAAAAAAGAAGAGUGCUUUUUUGAAAAUGUUUCUGCCGGUCAGGUUAUGGAAUUAGAGUAUCAGGUAAUAGAUGGCGGGCAAGGUGAUCUGGAUAUAAAUUUUCGAUUUAUUUCACCAUCCGGUAAUGUUAUUACAUCAGAUAUCAAAAGAAUGGAGAACGUUAUCAGGGUUGGUGCAACUGAAGAGGGCCAUUACCAGAUGUGCUGGGAUAAUUCUUUCAGUCAUUUCAAUAGCAAGACAGUAUUUUUCGAAAUUUUAAUUGACGAAGAUGAUGAUGAAGAUGUUUGGGAUCACUUUGACGGCUUGUCACCAGAAGAGUAUUAUGACAUGAAAGUGCAAGAUAUACAGACUGUACUCGAUCAAGUUCGUACAAAUUUAAAUAAAAUACAACAUCUUCAAGAUUUAUUAAAAGCAACUGAAGCACGAGAUCGAAGUAUUGCAGAAGGAAAUUUUGUUCGGGUCAACUACUGGUCUAUGGUCCAAAUAGCAGUGAUGAUUAUGGUGGGCCUUAUACAGGUUGUGAUGGUGCGAAAUUUGUUUGAUGACAACUCUAAAGUUUCAAGACUUUUGAAAGGAAAACUGUCUUCUUGACAAACUCUGAAUGUUGUUCUCGCAUCAAGAAUUUGGCAUCCAUUCAUGAAAAUGUUGGUCAUCACAUUAUUGAGCUGGUGCUCAACAAUAAAGACUGUCUUCCGUAGGUGUUAGAUUUGUAGACUUACCAAGUCUGAACAAGGUACAGGUUAUGGCUUGGUAACCAUUAAAUGCAGUGAGGCACGUUCAAAAGCCACAUUUAUUUUUUGAAGAACAAGUUAUAGCUUAUAUGCAAAGCACUGACAGUACAUUCAUCUAGGUCAUAAUACUAAAUCUUCUGUAAUAAUUCUCUUUAUAGGGUCAUUUAAGGGCUUCAUACACUUUGAAUCUAAAAUAAAGUCAGUACUGAUAUAGGAUUUAGGUGCUGCAUUAAUAAGUAUUUUGACACAAGGAACCUGUGAUCUGCAAUGCUUCUAUGGCAUCAUAGCAUUCCACAAUAUUGAAAUAAUGUCUGCAGGUGUGCUAGUCACUUUGGGUGUCACCUAUGUCAAAAGCAAUGUAAUGCAGGAAAAUAGCAGAACAUGGGUUUCUGAUAUCAAUAUAUUUGUUCAAAACACUGCCUACUAUUGUUAAAGGUUCAUGGUACAAAGUAGGGUUUCGCCGUGGCACACUGCUGGAAUAUUUAUAACCCACACUUUAUAAAUUACUGAAGCUGUUAAAAUAAACCAGUUAUUACUAACAGACCAGUGUCCCUUCAUCCUUAAAAAAGAAAAUAAUAUUGUGAUAGUAGGUUUUUUUCUAAUUUAUUUAGUAUGUAGUUAGUAUAAAUGAUAGUUUUUCCAUUUAUAAAAAUGCAAUGCAUCAUCUGGGGUUAGUUGUCCACACCUUGAUCUUGUUUAAUGUUACACAUAAUAUUUUACAGGCUCCAGGUGUGUAUUGAAAAUUAUUUUUGAUAAUUUGUGGAAUGUUCGGUCAGAAUUACUAUUUUAAACAAAGGCCAGGACUGACCUCACAUGAUAGCAAAGUUAAGUUGUCAUUUUUGAAAAAAAAUCUGUGUAAAGGUGGGAUUCCUAUGCAGUGUCUGACGCAAAGCACUGCUGCAAAGGAAUUUUAUGGAAAUGUUGCGUCAUCCGCUGCAUAGAGAUCCCACCGUAAUGUGGUCACAAGUCAGUGUGUUCUUGAUGUAUUGUUGAAACUCAUUGAACACAAGUGGAGAGUUAAAAAAAAUAUGUAUUUAUUUGAAUGAAAGUGGAAAUACUUGCUGCAUAUAUAUGUUUUACAAAUACAUUUUUUGUAACAUAAAUUUUUGUACACACAAAUGUGUUAGUAAAUCAUAAUUCAGCCAGUAUACAUAAAUUGAAUAGAGUGUAGUAAGUCAAUUGUUACCAAAGUUGCCAUUUUAAUGCUGUGCUUUUGCUGUAAAGAAUGCACAAAAUAAUCUACUAUAUUUGUGUUAAAUUGUAUAAUAACGCUUGUUACUCAUAGUAUCAAGUAAAUGUAAAUUUGAAGUUUGGUUUGCUAUUUUGUAUUUAACUGAUAUAAAAAAUGUUUAAAUUGUUAAAUGUUGCUUUUUAUAAUUUUUGUUAAAUAUUUAUUAUUUAUUGUGAUACAUAAAAUGCAGAAGCCAUAAGGGAAUUUUUCUCUCUCUAGAUUAGUUAAAAUACCUAGGAAUUAGUCUGUAAUUUAUAUUGUAUCAAGUGUCAUUGCAUGUAAAUAGCUGGCUAGAACAAUCAAAACACUCUAAAGAAUACUUUAAAACCUAACCAGAUAAAUUGCAAAGGCAAAAGUAAGUGAAGAUAAGCAUAAAACAAACAUUAAAUUGUUAUAAUGUAUUAUAGUGUGUGUCCUGGUGAGGAGAUUCAGGUGGCCACUCAAUCAGAGAAGGUAGUCACAGGGCCAGUGUAUGGUUGCCUUCAAUUGCACGGAAUUUCUUCAAGUCAGGUCUCUUGAUGAGCAGGUCCUAUAACUUGAUCUAUUAGCAAGGCCAAGGGGAUAAGGGAUGGUCUCAUUAUAGUUUAGAGCCUGUUGUAUUUUGGCCUCUGCGGUAGUUCUUGUUGUGAGGCUAUGAUAAUUACAUUUUCUAUUAAAAUUAAUUAAUUCUUCAAACAAAAAAAAUUAAAUUAUUAUUCUAGCUGGUAACAUUAUUAAAGAUAUUGUAGAAUUCAGUAGAAAGUAACAAUAUAAAAUAUUAAAUUUGUGUUUGUAGAGACUAAAGAUUGAAUAUUCUAUGUCAAAAACAAAUAAUAAUACCAUCCAUGAGAUGAUAAGAUUGUUUGUGUAUGUAACUCAAAAUGCAACCACUAUUCCGUGGUACAAAAGCAUAUAAAAAAUAUUCAAGUUCACAAAUAUAAGUUCUAUGCUACUCAUGAGGCAGGCACUACAUACAAGGUAGGUACUACAUACAGGUAGGCGACUACAUAUUCUGUAGGUGGUACAUGAAUGUGUGUUAUUGUACAGAAUGUUCCACUAAUUUUAUCUUGCAGUGUAAGAAUGGUUACAAUUACUGCUGGACAAAGUAGUAAAUGGGAAACUCUUUACUAAUGAAUUCUUUUGAUUUAUGCCGUAGGAAUGGUGGAAAAUUGGCCUGUAAAUGAACCCAACAUUAAAAUGAAACAUGUUGCUAGAUACUAAUGCUGCCUGGUGGUGUCAUGCUUUGAUAUGACCAUCCCCCCCCCCCCCCCCCCAACCAGGUUGAAGUGUGACUCAUCUGAAAAAGUAUGGUGUUGCCAUUCUCGCACUGGUCCUGGCAUACUGCAUACUUGAUGUAUGAUGGUUAGGGACCCCAGAAAACUGUAAAUAAAAUUGACCAAUUCUGUGUACAAAUAAGGCAAAAGGGGGUGUAAAAAAUUUAAGUUGGUUAUAAAAUUUGGAAUCAAAUUUUCAUUUUGACCUUUUACUCCCUUAAAAUUUGUAUUCUGUAUCCUAUGAAUUGAAACUUAAUAAUUUUUGGUAAUUCAGAAUAAAAGCUCUCUUUUUCCAUAAAAAAAAAUUCCAAUUUUUUUUUUUUUUUACUUCCUGACAUUUUUUUACAAUCAUUCUCUAGGAAAGCGUUUUGAUACUUUAAGCAGUUUACCGUUUUAAUGAGUAGUUAGGAUAGAUACAUUAAAAGUACUGUAAAAUUGUGUGACCAGUUGGUUAAGUUGCUACAUAAAGAUUACUGUGAAAUGGUGUGAAUGUUUGGUUAGGUUAGUUGCAUUAAAAAUACUAAAAAUUAGUAAGGAUGGUUGGUUAGGUUAAGUUACCUAGGUACAUUUAAAAUUGGUAAUUCAUAAUGAUUUUACACUAUUUUUAUUAUAGCUAAUCAAAUUUAACCCACCAUCCACACAAUUUUAAUGUAUUUUAAAUGAUGUUAAUGUAACCUAACCGACAAUCCACAAUAUUUUUAAGUAUUUUCAAUAGAGCUAACCAAACCCACCCAACCAUUUUCACAAUAUCACAGUAUUUGUAAUAUAUAUAUAUAUAUAUAUAUAUAUAUAUAUAUAUAUAUAUAUAUAUAUAUAUAUAUAUAUAUAUAUAUAUAUCCUAACCGCUUCUUAAAGUGGUAAACUACUUAAAGUAUCACAGCACCCUUUUAGAAAUGUUUGGGGAAAAUGUCAGGAAAUUAAAAAAAAAUAAAACCCUUUUAAAUUUAAUUUUUACCUUCAGAAAAGUGGCCGCUAAGACUGCUGGACAUCGCUUCUAAAGUCAAUUUGAGAUAACCCUAAUUCAAAUUCAUGCUGUUAACAAUUUAUGAUUAUUACAACAUUAAUUAACUUAAGCCUGCAUAACACAUAGUGAAUUUAUGUCUUAAGAUUACUGUUAAAAAUUAUUAAAUAUUUAGGCGGUCUUAUUUAGUUACUUACCUAGUUCGGGUCUGUUUCUGUAGAAGUAUAACUUAAAUAAAAUAAACCCAUAGAAUGUUUAAGGGGCUCUGAAACUAACUUUUAACUUGGAGAUAAAAGAAAGCAAGUUUACAAUAUUAAUUAAUGGUUAAUAAGGGGAUGAGACACUGACACUACUGCACCCUCUUGUGGUAGUUUGUUGGAUUAGUGGCGCACUAUUCCAAACACACAUCACACGCAAGUCGCUGGCGGAAGGUUUUUAAACCAUGAGGAAAAUCUUACCAAGUGUUUUGCAAGUUGUUUAAAUGCAGUAAUACUUACCUUUGACUCCAGUCAGAACGUCACAACUGUGCAAGCACAGGUUUAGUAUCAUUAGCUUGCACAGUGAGGUAAAGAAAUUUUAAACAAAAAAAUUUGUAUGUUAAUCAAAUGGAGUUAUUACUUUCCUUUGCUAAAAGUCUCAACUGUACAAGUGGGCCCCGAGUCAUUUGAACAUCACUUUUUGAUGAUACCGUUAAAGUUUAAUGGCAUUGUAAUUUGAAUGGAUGUUUUUAUUGUCUAACGUGUAUGAAAAAACAACAAACCAAAGGACAACACAAAAUUACAGUACCUAGGAAUCAACAGAGAUCCAAGCAGUCAAAUAAAUGACAUAAACACAGAACACAUUAAUUUGAAAUUAAAAAACAGAAUACAAAACAUCAAAAACAGUCAUUUGGUUGGUCUGUGCAGUCCUGUUAGGCAAUAUAAAAUAUCCAUUAAGUUUUUUAUGCUAAUUUUUUUUAGGUGUUUGAGUUUUUCUGUCCAGCAGUUUAUUUACAUGGUAGUACUUUGAGCAUUAGAAGUUGCACAUUUUAAUAUUAUGUCUCAUUGAUUUUAGUCAUAUAAUAUUUUUUUUAUUGGCAUAUAAUUUAACUGUAAGCACAGGUAUAUAUUUUUUAUUUACCCAAGUUGUUUUACUAUUAAAUGGUCACAUUGUGUUUUCAAUAAUUAUUUUGACUUUAUGUAUGCUAAUUCAUCACUAUAAUUUAUGUCUGUUUAGUGGAUAAUAAGCUCACCAGACAAAAAUUAGUCACCCCUGGUGAAAAUAUUACAAGUAUAAUUUAAUACUGUGUAAAUCCGCCUCUGAACUUGGUAACCUUUUGGAUUCGGUUAGGAAGUGAGUCCACAAGGUUGAGCAGGUACGUCACAUCCAGUUUAAGCCACUCGCUGAGGAUUAGAUUGUGCAAUUCCACCAAACUGCAGGGAUGCUGAUGUUGGCAUUUUGUCCGCUGUUGCAAUAUGUCUCACAGAUUUUCAUGGGGUGAUUUUGCAGGCCAAUCAAAAUGUAAUAGGGUGAGGGAGUGUUUAUAAAAUCAGUCACAUAUGUAUCCAGCUUGUGAACUUGGCUGUUGUCAUCUUGAAAAAUCGGGGUGUACUCAUCAUGUAUAUGUUGACUGAAAGGCAACACCUGAUCACCCAGAAUGUUUAAAUAAACAUGCUGGUUCAUGUUACUUGUCACUGCAGUGAGCGGGCCCAACACAUGAUACAAAAAACACCCCCAAAACAUCACAGACUCACCUCCAGCUUGAACCUGACCCUGCACACAUCCAGGAUGAAAUAUUUCAUUUGGCCUUCGGUACACCCGACGAUGUGUGUCAUUAGAAUACAGGCGUGAUUUGUCAGACUACAUUAUGUUCUGCCAGUCAACUGCUGUCCAUGUUCAAUGAUUUCUAGCCCAUUGAAGAUAUGCAGCUUUAUGUGCCCUUGUGAGCAAUGGCCUCUUGCGAGGUGACCGACUCCAAAUGUUCAUUGCAUGCAGUUCCAUUCACGAUUUUCUCUCACUAACAGGUUGGGAUGGACCUUCAUUCACUGACUACAGCAAUUCCUGUCGAGUUUGGAAGUGAUUUUGAUUCACAAGCCGUGAAACGCGUCUCCGGUCCCUCUCAGUCAGGAUCUUUUUCCGACCACAAUUCUGAUGUCGUUUUUCAUGGCCACGUGUAGUACACCACUGCUUGUAGACACGUUGAACGGACACCAACAUAUCCAGCAACUUCACGCUCCGUAUGGCCAUGGGUAGGGCCAAACACGAUUGCCCCUUUUUGCCACUCUGUCACAUCCUUUAAUCUACCCAUGUUGCUUGAAACAUCAAUGUCUCACUGAUCGCUACUGCCUUAUGCUCACCUAGAGGCAAAGCAUGUGCGGCUGAGCAUGGGAUUUAUUUGCUGCUCCAUCUGUACAGGCUUAAUGAUCCAUCUGUGCGUGCAUACUAGGGUGACUAAUUUUUUGUCCGGUGAGCUUAAUUAUUAUGAUAGAAUUCUCACCAAAUAUUUAACUGAGUAGGUUAAGGCCUUAAAAUGUAUAUUGCAUGUGUGUUUUUAAUGCUACACAAAUAUGGUUUAUAAUAUUUGUAACAUGUUUACAUGUACAGUUUGCAUCUGCAACAGUGUGAUAGUUUUUUGAGCAAUAAAAAUACGAAAUUUUUAGCGUA